GCUGCCGAGCUGCCUUGUCUUUGACCGGAGACCAAGCGGCUGAGAGGGCGGACGAUAACAGCGUCUCUGCUGUUAUUCAGCCUUCACGCAUCUCAAUGAACCGCACACAUCGACACCACUGAUCGUGCCUACUGCUUCUCGCAGGGAGGCACCAACACCUUUUUUUUUGUACUCAUUCCCCCCUCCACCAGACACAAAUUUUCUUAAACAUUUCUAGGUGUCUUUAAAAAAAAAAAAAAAAAAAAAGCCUCCAACCAUGGUGCUCGGGAAGGUGAAGAGCUUCACGGUGAGCUACGACUGUCUCCAUGACAGUAACGUGCCCGUGUUCUCCAGCGGGGACUGCGUCUCAGGGAGGGUGGUCGUCGAGGUGACCGGCGAGAUCCGCGUCAAGUCCCUCAAGAUCCACGCCAAAGGCUUCGCCAAAGUUCGCUGGACCGAGUCUCGGAACGCCGGUUCCAACACCGCCUACACGCAGAACUACACGGAGGAAGUGGAAUAUCUCAACCAUAAAGACGUCCUCAUUGGGCACGAGAGAGAUGAUGACAACUCUGAGGAAGGACUCACCACUAUACAUUCAGGACGACACGAGUAUGCAUUCAGCCUGGAGCUUCCACAGACACCCCUGGCUACCUCUUUUGAAGGGAAGCAUGGCAGCGUGCGCUAUUGGGUGAAGGCAGAACUCCACAGGCCGUGGCUGCUGCCCAUCAAGACCAAGAAGGAAUUCACAGUCUUUGAGCACAUUGACAUCAACACUCCGUUACUGCUGUCACCGCAGGCCGGCACAAAGGACAAGACACUUUGCUGUUGGUUCUGCACCUCAGGUCCUAUUUCCCUAAGUGCCAAAAUUGAACGGAAGGGGUACACACCAGGAGAGUCGAUCCAGAUCUUUGCAGAGAUCGAGAACUGCUCGUCCCGCAUGGUGGUGCCAAAGGCGGCCAUCUACCAGACUCAGACUUUCUACGCCAAAGGGAAGAUGAAGGAGGUCAAGCAGCUCGUGGCCAACCUGAGGGGCGAGUCCUUGUCCUCAGGCAAGACGGAGACCUGGAGCGGCAAAAUGCUCAAAAUCCCGCCCGUGUCUCCCUCCAUCCUGGACUGCAGCAUCAUCAGAGUGGAAUACUCGCUCAUGGUGUAUGUGGACAUACCAGGCGCAAUAAACCUUUCCCUGAACCUGCCGCUAGUCAUCGGAACCAUCCCCCUGCAUCCCUUUGGCUCCCGCACAUCCAGCGUGAGCAGCCAGUGCAGCAUGACCUGGCUGGGGAUGGGUCUGCCUGAGAGGCCUGAAGCUCCUCCAAGCUAUGCAGAAAUUGUGACGGAAGAGCAGCGGCAGAGCAAUCUGGAUGUGCCAGCCGCUCGCGAGGAUCUGGAUGGACCUCUGUUCGCCUACAUCCACGAGUUCCGCUUCCAGCCGCCCCCUCUCUACUCAGAGGUGGAUCCUAACCCCAACCAUGCCAACCGUCCGGAAGUGUGCAGGCCCGACGCCUGUCCAUCACGCUGAGAUGUCGUCCUAAAAAUUCCCUUGGCUGACUCGGGAACCCAAAGAAACCUGCACGCUGCAAGGCUCCACGUUGUUCAUUCUUCUCCUAAAAUGGCGUCAUUGACGACAAGAGAGAAAUCCGAAGGAUCCAACAUAUAAAGACUGAGUUGGGAUUGGACAAUUGUGUUUUCCUCAGUGACACUAAAGGAGAGUCACUGUUUUGGUGGCUCACUCGCUUGCUGAGGGUGGUCUGUGUAUAGACAUUUUCCAUCUGUAUGGCAAGCCUUAAGUAGCGAGGAAGAGUCUGAAGGUGUGGCGCAUAGGGACACGAGGCUACACCGGUCACGUCCAGACUGCAUCAGAAAGAAAACCACGCCAUCACCCAUGAUGUGGACACCCUGGUCGUCUUCGACGAGAGUGCCACCGACAGAGCAGAAGUCCUCCUGCCUCAUUUUGGGAUUUCGUUUUGCACAUCUUUCUUCUUGACUUGACUCGAGUGGCUCUGUUUAACCGCUUGCUUUUCCAGACUGCGGGAGACGCAAGACUGAAAAAGACAAGAACAAUGCACUGAUUUUGUUUUCCUUUUAAGCUGUUUAAGAAUUUUUUCCUUAUGACAUUUCCCGAGUGACUUAGAACGACUGGACUUUUUUUUUUUUUUUUUUUUUUUUUUUUAACACCAACAAAAACCAACCGCAGCACACUUUUGUCUACCUUGAGCUCUUUGAAGACGUUGCCUCCUCUGCUUGGAUCCAGUAUGGCUUCCCUCCUGUUGUUCGCUCCGAUCAUAGAAUUAUUGUUGUGUGUGUGUGUAUGUGUCAGUGUGUGUCGGUUUGUUUGGAGCAGGGGUUUGCAGGCCUCAUUUUGCUACUAAAAUGGGGAGACUUUCCUCCCUUAUGUAUGCCUGCUGCCCCUCUUUUCCUAAUCUCUUACUGCCCAAAAAGCACUGUUUCAUGUCAAACAGUGUGAACAUAGCAGAAAAAAAGUUUUUAUUUGCACUGUUAAGAAAUAAUGAAGAUUUCUGUCUGUUUCAAGCUACCAAAACUAUUUAGAGAAACGACAUGCUGAUGAGCUUGGCAGCUUUUGUAGACACAUUCCUUUUUGUCCUGCUGCACUUGCUCAUUUUACCAGACCAGUGAAGCCAGAAUGCUUUAUUUAAAAAAAAAAAGAAGAAAAAAAGAUGAGCACUGAUUGAUGCAGCUUCUAGUUUGGGGAAGCAGACCUUUUUGUGCAGUCUGGUCAGAACAAGUAGUGGUAUGUUGACAUGAGUACUACAUUGGUUUUCUCACUCAUUCAACACAAUGGGCCAGCUGCGGUAACAAUGGGUUUGUCAGGAAAUAGGAUGCGCAGCACUUUUUUAUUUAAGUAACUAAAAAAAAUAGCAUUACAUGGUGAAGGUCUGGAUUAAAAAAAAAUGGUACUAAUCAAGUUUCAGCGAAGCAGUGUUGUGUAGGGCAUGGAUGCAUUAUUUAAUCUUUAAAGAUUAGUUUACAUUAUGUGGGGUGUGUGUACGUGUGCAUGUGUGGAGAUCCAGCUGACAACGAGAACGCUUCUGACGACAAGUGACAAACUGCAGAUCAUUCAAGUGAUCUUAUCUUUGUGGCCUUGACACAGAAAAUACUUAUUUUAGGUUAGUUUUCUGCCUCUCGUUGAUUCUUGUCACUUUUUCGUUCACUUGUGUUUUCAAUUCCAUUCAAAAGGACAAAAAGGGAAAAGCCAGUCCUUUUAGAAGCAAGACAAGACAGCCCAGAGAGGCCUCAUAAUUAUUUUUCCACUUAUUAGAGGGCAUUGGUGUAGUUUAACAAACAGAGAACCCACGUGGUCUCGCAGGCUGUUGAUCAGCCCUCCUCAUCUGAGGCAGAUGUACAUGGUUGACUGCCUUUUCCACCUUUUUAUUUCUCCCUCCGUUGUAUUUGUUUGAUGCUCUUAUGCUUCAUAAUGAUGAAUAAGCUGACAUAUUUGCUCCACGCUGGUCGAUUCCACACGUCCGGCUUGAGUAAGUCCAAAAAUAAGACUAAGCUGAUAAAAGGCAGGAACUGAAAUGUUCAGAGGACAAAUGGAUCGGGGAGAAGAGGCCUGCAACAUUUUAGACACAGUGCAAUAUCACUUGCUGAGUUUUCUUCAUUCUCUGUUUCUAUGUUUGUGUUUUCUUCUGUUAAUCGUGACGAUGUAUGGAUAUUCUAUGAAUAUGCUAUGUUCUGAAUGAUUUCCUCUUUUGUCUAGUUCUUCCUUUUUUUUGAUUUGAAUAAACAUUUUGUUCGAAAUUAC